AUGACUCUUGUAUCCACCCCAGCAUUGGGAUUGAUUGAUACCAACCACAUGCCAUUUUACAAAGAUAUCACGCAUCCCAGAUCUCAGCUGCAAGGGAAAAAACUCAGCUCUUCACAGCACCAUCGCUUCCGUCGAAUAUUGCUCUGCCAAGAAAUGGAUUACAUGGCCACACUCCUCGGAAAACCCCCUCACACUCCACGUCGAAUAGCAACCUUCAAUCUGCCCUCACAAAAGAUGAACGACGUGGUCGCUGUUCUGUAUGAUCCAUUCUUCUUCGUCUCCGACGCCCAGCACGAGCUUAGCAAGCGCCAACUGGAGACAUCGGGUUGCCAGGACGACCUCUUAUGCAGGCUAUUCGAGGCUCUAGAGCGAGAACUUGCGGAGGGCUGGACAUUUGGCUAUCUCCUUAACACCAAAACUCUACCUUUCAAUGGCAAGGGACGUGAUCCACGGAGCCUAGUUGGCCAUCAUGUUGAGGGUUACAAGUGUGACGGAGACGGCAUCCUGAUCAUGGAGCUUUGCGAUGGCGAGGAUGCGGCUAUUCUUUCGAUCAGAGCAAGCGACGGUUACGCGAAGAUCAAGAUGGACGACGACCUCUUCUGGGCUCUCCAUUCCCUCGAUGGCAUGAAGGCAGUACCGCGUGACCUCGUAAAGAAGCCACUACUAAUCACGGAAGCCGUGAUAGGUGUUCGCAAAAACCGCUGGGGAAAGGAAGCAGGAACCGUCUUCGGGCUCAAGCUCGAAGGCAUGAGAGCGAUAUCAUUCCUUUUCCUUGCAGGUAAAGCAUCCGCGCGCGAGGACCGAAUUCAUGGAGAUUUGUGGCUGGCGGAGAACGAUGUUCUGCGCGAGGAUAUCAGUAUGCUGCGUGGAGGCGAUGAGACGAUGGUUGAAGAAGUGAGAAAGACAGGGGUGAUGGCAAUAGAGCAUAGAGGGCUUCAGGAGGAUAUGAGAGGAUUGCAUGGAUUUCGAGAUUAG